GUCGAUUUUUCAUUUAGCUUGGAGGAUACAGAAUGAACGUCCAGCAGACCUGCUAGCUGUACUGUAAAAUGAAAUCAGUAAAAUCCGAGAUGAAAGACAUCUUCCUUCUUCUCCCUCUCCCCCUUCCUCUAUUCCGUUUUCGUUUCUCGUUUGAACUUCGAAUACUUGCCACAUCUGUUAAGGUGCCUGGACCUGGCGCCCGAGAUCAUAGGUCAUGAACGUUCGAAUCACAAGCCGCAAGUUGCAUCCGCUCGUAUCGGCUCUGCCGUCCACCCCAAAUCAUCCCAAGAAAACUUUAGAGAAUCCCAGACUAUCCACAGAGAGCACCAAGCACGCCAAGUAUCUCCCAUCCAGACCGAGCUCUCUUACACUCUCGACGCGGCGAGAAGAAGCUCUCUAUGUAACAACACCUCAUUCCACAACUUAAAGUGAAGUAAAAUCAGUAUCCGGAAGCCGGUGUCUUUCUGGCUCAGGCACACUCGAGACGGUUUGAGUUGAUCUUCGACAGUGUGUGUCAGUCUAAACGAGUAAAGUGGAGCCUUGUUCUGGAUUCCCGAGUUCUCGAACCGCUGGCCGCUUGGUUGAC